AGCAUCAUGCUACACCUGCUGAUGUUACUCAACCGUCUGUUGUUGUUUUUUUUAAGUACAGUUAGUUAAUUGACAGGGAAAGCAAUGGGAUGGACAACACUAAUUGCACAAGUUGCGAACAUAAAGAUAACAAAGUAAAUAAUAUUUUGACUCAAGAUCAGGGCGAUUUUCUACAGAUUGCAGAACUCACUCCACAGGAUAUGACGUAUUGCCUCAUCUUGUCCAUCACAGCUCAGGGAGUCCAGUUUAUUAACAGGGCGGCCCGUUAAACACCGCUAAAACAAACAGACAGCAAAAACAGUCCAUCUUUAGGCCUUCAGCUUAAAAAAAAUGGCCCGGCUGCAGGCCUGUUUGCAGCAUGACAACAACCGCCCUUGUCUGUUUAUCGGAUAGUGCGAAGGACUUUGGGUGGCUACAGGCUUGCACCUAGCUAACGUUACGCAGCUGUCUGAAACCAAAGCUAAUCGGCUAUCUAACGUUAGCUGCAGCGGCUCGCUUUGCCAUAUGAUAUUGACGCACAUUGCAAAGGCACAGACCUCUACAGAAAGCGAUUGGAUCAGCAAAACAACAUCCGCAACGUUGAAAUGGACAAAGAAGAAGCAGACCGGCUGAUAGAGAAGGCGAAGCUGUGUUUACGGUCAGGAAGGAAAGAUCGGGCGCUGCAGCUGCUAUAUGAAGCCCAGAAUAUUUAUCCCAGCACCCGGGCCAGAGUGCUGAUAGAUGCCAUAGUAAGGAAUGGAGGCACCACUGCUCCACAAGCAAACAACGUGCCCCCUCCAACAGGCUGGAGAGAUGAAGACAUUAGAAACAAUGAAACAAGUAAUGCGAGUAGUGAUGACAAGAAGAGCUACACCGAGGAUCAACGCCAGGGGGUUCUCAGGAUAAAGAAUUGCAAGGACUUCUAUGAAAUUCUCGGUGUUUCCAAAGAUGCCAGCGAUGAAGAUUUGAAGAAGGCGUACAGGAAGUUGGCCCUCAAGUUUCAUCCUGACAAGAACUUUGCUCCAGGAGCCACGGAUGCUUUCAAAGCAAUAGGCAAUGCGUAUGCAGUACUGAGCAAUCCAGAGAAGAGGCAGCAGUACGAUCAAUACGGCGAUCAGUCUGCAGCUUCGAACGCACCCCAACCAUCCAGCCACAGUCGCCAUGGAUAUUACAGAAGCUUUAACAGGGACUUCGAGGCUGACAUUUCCCCUGAGGAACUCUUCAACAUUUUCUUUGGAGGAAGGUUUCCCACCGGAAAUAUCCACGUGUACACCAACCAGGGAGCCUCCUACUCUCAGUUCUAUCAGCCUCGUCGUCGACGUGCUUAUGAGAGGCGCGAGGAGGUGGUGGAGGACAACCAGACUCAGAACACCUUCACAGCGUUCCUGCAGCUUCUCCCUGUGCUGGUGCUAAUCCUCAUAUCAGUGUUUACUCAGAUGAUGGCUACUAACCCGCCCUACAGUCUCUUCUAUAAGCCGGCCAUGGGGCUGGUGGUGUCCAGGGAAACGCAGCACAUGGGUGUACCAUACUAUGUGGAUAAAAGUUUUGAGAAGGAGUACCGUGGAGGUGCGCUGGAUGAACUAGAGAAAACAAUUGAGAGCGACUAUAUCGAACACCUGCAGAGCAGCUGCUGGAAAGAGAAACAGCAAAAAUCUGACUUGGCAAACCUUGGACAACUGUACCGAGAUGAACGGUUAAAGCAGAAGGCAGAGUCAAUGAGGCUGGACAACUGUGAGAAACUGCAUCGAUUGGUGGGGCGUCAGAGAGGCAAAUGAGGACUGUUUGAGAGGAGAACAUGUUUCUUUACAGACUUCACAAUAAUGCAUUUGAUUGGAGUGUCUAAUUUAUCCAAUCUGGCCACUUUGUAAAGAAAUCUUUUUUUUAAGGUACAGCGCAGUCAGUGGGAGAUUAUGCCACUGGAAACAAUGUGCCUUCUCUCCUCUUUGAUGGUAGAAAAUAGAGUUGCAUGUUAGCUGCCAACCCUGGCUGUGGUGGUAGCAGCAUCAAGUGCAAACUCACUGUGGCAGUGUGUUCGAUGUCUCAAGAGCCUUUAAACUUUCUUAUAGAAAUGGCAUGACAUAAAGGAUCUCCCUUUGGGGUUAUGAAGGCAGUAGUAUGUUCACACAUACAAUUUUGUUUGUUCAGGUUUUGUAGUUUACCUGUAUUUAUUUUUGAAUGUUUUUGUGUCCUCGCUGAAAUUUUAGGUGUAUUUAUAUAGUUAAUAGAGUGAAUGUUACUUGAGAUUCCUGGCUCCUUAUUGUUUUGUUUUUUUUCUGUAGGAAGUAAUAAAACACAGUGGCUUGAAUCAUACUGUAGUCUUU